CUUAAACACACAGAAAAACUCCUGGUGAAGCGACUGAGAUCCACGAGACACUAUUAUAAAGAUGGCGUUUAUUAAAGAGGAGAGUGAAGACAUGAAGAUUGAUGAAACAUUCAGAGUGAAACAUGAAGAAACUGAGGAACAAACAGACCUGAUAACACUGAAAGAUGAGAGUGGAGUACUAGAUGAAAUGGAAAAGAAAGAUCAGUUUGAGAAACAUCAUGAUUUCGUAACUGGAAAAAAAUCAUUUAGUUGCUUACAAACUGAAAAUACUUCCCCUCAACAAAGAUCUCAAAAGACAGAAACUACAAAAUAUUUCACUUGCCAACAUUGUGGAAAGAGUUUCACUCAACAUGGAAGUCUAACUGCCCACACGAGAAUUCACACCGGAGAGAAGCCUUUCACCUGCAAACACUGUGGAAAGAGUUUCAAUCAACGUCGCAAUCUUUUAGUCCACAUGAGAGUUCAUAAUGGAGAGAAGCCUUACACCUGCCAACAGUGUGGAAGGAGUUUCAAUCAACUUGGAAACUUUAAAGUCCACAUGAGAACUCACAAUGGAGAGAAGCCUUACACAUGUCAACAGUGUGGAAAUAGUUUCACUCAAAAAGGAAGCCUUAAAAAGCACAUGAGCAUUCACACCGGAGAAAAGUCGUACACCUGCCAAGAGUGUGGAAAAGGUUUCACUCAGAAAGGAAGCUUUAACAGGCACAUGAGAGUUCACACCGGAGAGAAGCCUUUCACCUGCCCUCAGUGUGGAAAGAGUUUCAGCCAAAAAGGACACCUCAAAGACCACAUAAGAAUUCACACUGAUGCAAGUUCUUUCACCUGUCAACAGUGUGGAAAAAGUUUUAACAGAAAACACAGCCUCGAAGUCCACACGAGAGUUCACACCGAAGAGGGCUCUUUCACCUGCCAACAGUGUGGAAAAAGUUUUAACAGACGAAAAUACUUUAACUCCCACAUGAAAAUUCACUCUGGAGAAAAGCCGUACUUAUGCCAACAGUGUGGAAUAAGCUUCAACCAAGUAGGAAACCUUAACAGGCACAUGAAAAUUCACACUGGAGAGAAGCCGUACACUUGCAAGCUGUGUGGACUAAGUUUCAACAAUAAAGGGAGCCUUGAAAGUCACAUAAUAAUUCAUACGGGCGAGAAGCCUUACACAUGCCCUCAAUGUGGAAAAUGUUUUGCACAUAAACCGACUCUUAAAGUCCACAUGAGAAUUCACACUGGAGAGAAGCCGUACACAUGCAAGGUGUGUGGAAAGAGUUUCACUGAUAAAGGAAACCUCAAAGUGCAUAUGAGAGUUCACACCACAGAGAAGCCUUACACAUGCAAACUGUGUGGAAAGAGUUUUACUCAAAAGGGAAACCUUAAAAAACACAUUAGAGUUCACACCACAGAGAAGCCUUAUACCUGCAAACUGUGUGGAAAGAGUUUUAUAGGAGCACUAAACCUGAAACAACAUUUGCAAACUCAUUCCGGAAAGAAAUUGAGUUCUGAAUGUGGUGAAACAUUUAGAAAAAGGAGUAUUUUCAAAAAUCAUCCGUCUAUUCACUCUGGAGGAAGGCCGUUUAAGUGUGAUCAGUGUUAUACAUUUUUUUCUUUGCCUUUACACUUAAAGAUACACCUGAAAAGUCAUGCAGAUGUGAAACCACAUUCUUGCUCUUCGUGUGGAAAGAGUUUCAAAUGGCUCAGCAAUUUAAAAUGGCACCAGAAAAUACUCCUCUGUUUAAAAUCAAGGCUGAAUUCACAGCGCAGCUGAA